AUUUCAAGAAAAAAGGGUGAAAAAAUGGCGUGCCCCUAGUUCAAGAAGCUCGAAUUCAGAUUUGCAAUCAGGAGAAAAACCGACCCGAUGGUGGCCGUAGUUACACUGAAGAACGGGUGUUUGGAAUAGGGUUUUCUUGGUUGAACACAAAAGUUGUGUGAGAAACUGGUAGUUUAGUUUUGAAUUGAAAAAGUUAGGGUUUAGUUAAUAAACCUCCAAAAUGUCUACUGGUAAACCCAAAGACAGCGACUUUCAGGUAGUUGUAGCGCCUGGAAAAUCGAAACCACCCCUACCGCCGGCAACAACAUCGAAUGCGAUAGUAGAAUAUACUCCUCCGGUUUUCAAAGAGGAAGAAGAGGACUUGGAAAUCAAGCUCCGACGAAUCAUCGACAAUGUCCCUGUCCGUGUCAGUAACACCUCCGGUAGUUCUGCUGGUUCUGGCUCCGGCGAUUUCCACCAGUAUCGACAGAUGAGGCGCAAGGAGCAAGAUCGACUUGCUAGGAUGGAAGUUGACUAUCAGAGAAGGAAAGAAUUGGCGGAAUUUAGUAUGAGAAGGGAGGAAAGAUUAAAAGCUGCUGAGGAACGCACAGCAAAGAAGCGAGCAAAACGUCAAAAGAAAAAGCAAAGGAAAAAGGAGAAGAAGAUCAAAACGGAUGCUGGAGAGCAGCAGCAAGCGAAAGAAGAUUCAUCAGAUGAUGGGGAUUCUGAUAACGAUGAGGAGGCACCACAUUGAAACAAUCUCCUGUUGUAACUCAGUUUUUUAAAUUUGGUUGAAGCUAAGUAAGCUUUGUGGGCAUAUCUGGCUUAAGGUAAAAACACAAUCAUGACUCGGGUUUCUAUUGUUUGUAUCCUAUACGUGAGUUGUAGGGAACUGUGUUCGAGAGACAAUGUAAUCAAGUCAUAGAAUGAUGAUUAUUUUCAAGACAACUAAGUAUUACAAGCUUUUUAUUUAGAAGAAUCAAGUAUUCAGUUUGGCAGUCAAUAUGUGGAACCGUGCAGUGCAGUACAGUGAACCUCACAAAUAAAGAUUUAGUUGCUUCUAAUAUAGUGGCACAAAUUGUA